GUACCAGCUACUCCGGAGUACCUGGUACCAGCUUCCUGACACACCUCUACAUGACAUUGUAUCACCGUAUCACCCGCGCGAUGGCACUGCUGAGCUCUGCUUGGAAGAAUGUGGUCCACAGCUGCAUGUGUCGUCCUGUGCGAACAGAUCGCGCUAACAUUAAUAAAGUGUGUUGCAGAACCGCAUUGAAAGAGUCAGAAUCGAGCUAGCUACAGUAGCACUAGCUAGAUAAGGGGGUAUCGAACUAGGCUUACCGACUGGCUCAUUAUUAUUAUCAUCUUCUACAGUACAGCAGCACAGGUAGCUUUUCCCGUUGCUGCGAUUGACUUACGUCUCCAUUCUCUCCCUCUCUAAUAGCUAGCUAAGCCAUCAGGUUCACUCUGAGAGAACAACAGUUGCUGUAUUGUUGCAUCAUGAACGAAGACGACGAGAGGCACGAGGAAACACGUGAUGGUGGGUAUCAUCAGGGUAGCAAUGAGGGAGCUUACGGCGGCAUUGACGAUAAUGGGGUAGCUGAUGAUGAUAACGCCCGCACUGAACAGGAAUCAGAACAAGAGCUGUUGGCCCGCAAGAUGGCCAUUCUGCGCCUUACAUCACCGGAUAACGGUAGCAGCAGUGGCAGUGGCAGCGAUCGAGAAGGAGACGAAGAGCAGGGGAGGCAGCCGCGGGAGCCGCGUGGUGCCCCAGGACGGGAAGUCGAUCCAGAAGCCCUUAGCAGCACAGCAAGCAGGAUCAUUGAUGGUGACAGCCUUCACGAGUCUCGGACAUGUAGCACAGAAGAGGUAGCUGUUGGUGCUGCCAGCGAAAAGGACGUGGAAGCCAUGCACCGAGCAGAGGCUACAAUUGUAGGCGCCGUGGCAUCUUCCGGACUGGACGACGACGACAAAGAGGACACCAAGACCCUUGCGACAGAAACUACGUCCCGCUCCCUGAUGGACAGCAGCUCCUCGUCCCAUAACAUGGACAACAAUUCCACGAGGACAUCUACCCAACGAAGCUCAGUCGCUAGCAGUCUCACUCCGGGAGCCUACAGUACCCACCCUACCUGGAGGGGUAGCGUAACCAGCAGUGACGGCUUUUCGGAAAAUGACGACGAAGACGAAGAUGACGGUCUAGCUAUUGCCAAUGUCAACCGCAAUGGGACAGUUCGAUGGGCGGACGUUUACGCAGAGGCAGGAUUGGUGCAAGCCAAUCCCGUGGCCGAGCUCCCUGCCAAUAUGGAACGAGCCGAGCCUAUGGACGAAUCCGACCAUUCGAGGACCAGACGCCAUCACCAUCGACGCAAGGAUUCUUCGUUACACAUUUCAUUGCUCGUAGCUCUCUGCUGUAUCGUUGUGGCAGCGGCGGGGCUCACUAUACUUCUUUCCAACAGUGGGAAUAGUACUAUGCCGGAAAAGAAUGCAAAGAAUGCAACUGCUGUGAUGGAUAUGUCCAACGAAGACGAUCCCAACCAACCAUGGCAGUGGGAUUUGCCCUUUCCACCGACGUCCAACACCACCCUCCACGUCCUGACGCAGGACAACUACAACGGAACGUGUUCAACGUCCAAAGCGUACCGAUGGAUGAAACAAGAUCCUUUUAUCGCCAACUAUUCCGAAGAAAGACUGUGCCAACGAUUUGUCAUGGCACAAUUCUACUAUGCCAUGGGAGGUCCCGAGUGGACCAAUCAAGGAGGUGGCACAGUGACAAUCCUGACGGAUGCCUACAAGUCCAAGGAACGAUUCACGAGCCCCAAGCCCUCGUCGGCACCCACGCACCCGCCGCCAUUGGGAGGACGGCAACUGUUGCGUGGCCAGAGCAACAGUAUGGGUGGUAUUCAAGCAAGGGGAGGUUUCAAAAGCAAGGAAACGAUUGAAGUCAACAUCACAUCUGAACCAUGGUUGUCAUAUCAGCAUUCCGAGUGUGAAUGGUUCUCAACGGCACCCAUUCACAAUCACGUGAUAUGUUAUGAGGAUCAAAGAAUACGGAAUGUGGUCCUGAAAGACAACAACUUGGUAGGGACGCUUCCGGAUGACCUGUUUCUUCUGGACUCCUUGGAAGGAAUAAGGUUGGGCAGAAACAAAAUCAGGGGACCCAUCCCCACGCAGAUUGGAGCAUUGACAAACCUCCAAGGCUUUCAAGUUUUUCGAAAUCAUCUCACCGGAACUGUCCCGUCCGAGAUUGGAUUGCUGUCCAACUCAAUCGCAUUUCUGUCCAUUGUGCUAAACGAACUUCAUGGCUCACUUCCAUCGGAACUGUGGAACCUUUCCAAGCUACAACAGCUCAAAGUUGGCAAGAACGAAUUCACUGGAUCCCUCCCUGCGAACAUUGGUGAAUCCAUGCCUAACCUUGAACUUUUCAUGGCUGGCGUCAACCAGCUCACAGGUACCAUACCAAGCUCCCUGGGAUCAUUGACUGGAUGUAUUGUUUUGGAUAUCAGCGACAACAACCUAGAAGGUACACUCCCUACUGAGCUGGGUAACCUCGGCAACCUGACAACAUUGUAUGCAGGAACGAACUAUCUAUCUGGAACUGUGCCGUCAGAGUUAGGUCUUGCUCCACUAAUCAAUCUCAACUUGGAGGGAAAUGAAGCCCUGACUGGAGAUUUCCCGCCAGAGCUAUCUCAAUUGAAUCAAACUGUUGCUCAUCUGCUAUUGAAGGGCACUUCUAUCACUGGCACCAUUCCCGAGCAGUUGUGUGACAUCCAGGAGCUCAGCUUUGACUGUUCACCAACGCUGUGUGGUUGUGACUGUCCCUGCAAUACAACGUCCCUUUAGGAGGGUGAGGUAAACCCUCCAUGAACACUACCUUGUACAUUAGACAACUACUGUAUCAUCUAGCUGUCUAUUACCCUGUCUCUUCAGUGCAAACCUACACUUCUCUAAGUUGGCCAAGAGCGAAACAGUGCUGAACAUAAAAUCAGAUAAGGUUUCCAUACUUCAUAAGCAGAACUUGGUAUUCACCUUUAGAAUGAACCUAAGAUCGCCUACACAUUCUACCACCAUGGCUCCCAGCACAACCCAAGGAUUGAAAGCUACAUGCCUGUAGCAAUCCAUGUCAAGAGACAGAGGUACCUGCCUUGACCGGAUGGAAGAUGAGGAUUGCUCGAAGAACAAUGGUAUUUUAAGUAGAUACUACAGCAGAAUUAGAUAUUAGUUGGUGAAAAUUCGAUGGAGAGUUGUCCAAUGGAUCAGAGCAACACCGUUGCACUGUUCCAAAGCAUUUUACAUAGAGAUGGCUGGUCGGUUGUAGCUAUUCCAAUGAUAGCGAGCGCUCUGCUUACUACAGCCUGACUCGACUCUUUCAGCCAGCAAGCAGUUCUUUUGCAAUUUUUCUUUUUCAUUGGAUCGGUGCUCCCCGUACAGUACCGCAGGCUCACUGAAUCACACAGGUAAUUUCCUUC